GUAUUUGACAAAAGUGUAUUCAUAUAGUGUGUGAAAUGUUUUCAACUAAACUAUCGAAAAGUUUAUUAAUUAAUGAGAAUAACGAUAAAUUUUGUGACAAACUAUCAAAAAAUAAAUCAUUUGAUACAGAAUCAGAUAUGAUUGAAUUAAUACAUCAGUUUAAUAAAAAUUAUAUUAAUAAUUUAUUUCAAGAUUCAAACAUUGGCUAUGAAUACGAAGAGAUCGAAGAAAUCAGUAAAUAUUUACUGCAGAGGACUAAACACAGACCUACUAUUGGCAUCAUAUGUGGCUCGGGAUUGGGUGGUUUGGCUGAUCUUUUAUCUGAUAAGCAAGUGUUUGACUACCAGAGUAUACCUAAUUUUCCUGUUAGCACCGUGGUCGGUCAUAGCGGGUGUCUUGUGUUUGGUCUACUGAAAGGCGUUUGUCUCGUCUGCAUGAAGGGUCGCUUCCAUCCCUAUGAGGGCUACCCUAUGGCUAAGUGUGCGAUGCCUGUCAGAGUAAUGAAACUCUUAGGCGUCAAAACACUGAUUGUGACGAACGCUGCCGGGGGUCUCAAUAAGGGCUUCAAUGUGGGCGACAUUAUAUGCAGAGGACUAAACACAGACCUACUAUUGGCAUCAUAUGUGGCUCGGGAUUGGGUGAGUAUACCUAAUUUUCCUGUUAGCACGGUGGUCGGUCAUAGCGGGUGUCUUGUGUUUGGUCUACUGAAAGGCGUUUGUCUGGUCUGCAUGAAGGGUCGCUUCCAUCCCUAUGAGGGCUACCCUAUGGCUAAGUGUGCGAUGCCUGUCAGAGUAAUGAAACUCUUAGGCGUCAAAACACUGAUUGUGACGAACGCUGCCGGGGGUCUCAAUAAGGGCUUCAAUGUGGGCGACAUU